AUGAAAAACAUAUUAUUAACACAAAGAACUUACUCUCUAAGUAGAUAUUUAAAGAAUAUCCAUUUUAAAAAACAAAACUGUGCAUUUUCACAGUUUUAUUCUUAUCAAUCUGAUGUUAAAGGGAAGAUAAAAGAAAAACAGUAUUCUUCAAAUAGACAUCUAACAAAAGAUGAAAAAGACAUUAUUGCUCGGUGUGAACUUGGUGCAAAUCAGAUUUACAAAGGUCAAUAUUUUAUUUUGUCAAAAACAAGACCAGAAGUUGCCCAUGUUAUUAUGGAUAUGUGGAAUCAGGAAAAAGGACAUCUUGAAACAUUUGAAGAGCUUCUUUUAAAAUAUAAUGUAAAACCAACUAUAUUAAAACAUCUUUGUGAAACAUUAGGAUUUAUGCUAGGUGCAGGAACUGCACUUUUAGGAACAAAAACAGCAAUGGCGUGUACAGAAGCAGUAGAAACAGUAGUUGGGGAACACUAUAAUAACCAAUUGAGAGAAACAAUGGAUUUACGAGGAUAUAGUGCAGAAAUGGAUUAUUUACGUAAAAAAAUCAAAGAGUUUCGUGAUGAUGAAUUAGAGCAUCUUAAUACUGCUGUUAAGGAUUGGAAUUCUAGAGAUUCUUUUGCUUACAAUAUAAUAACAAGUAUUGUUAAGGCUGGAUGUAUUGGAGCAAUUUGGUUAUGCAAAAGGAUUUAA